GGAGAUUUGGGAGUCUCUCCCCACUUUGAGAUGUCUCCCCCACCCAUGGGUGUCCCCCCCCCAGGGAGCCCGGAGGGCGCUGUGGGAUCAGCUGGGGGGGGCUCUGGGUCCCGAUUCGGGGCUCCCCGACAGCGUCGUCUUGGUCAGCACGGCCGAGUGGCAGGGCCAGUGGGUGUCAGAGCUGCUCCAGGCCCAGGGGGUGCCCGUGGUGGGCACGGCGGGGAGGGCAGAGCUGCAGGUGGCCCUCGGUGCCAUCCUGAGCCGGAUCCAGCGCCUGUGCCACCUGUCUGCGCUGCCCCCCCGGGCACUGAAGGUGGUGGCCGUGGGGGGGUCGGGGUUCCACGGGACCCUCCUGAGGGGCUUCGUGCGGCACCUGAGCCCCCGUGGGCACGACUGGCUGGGCUACCUGCGCUUCCUGCUCGUGCCCCUGGGCCCGCACCCCGUGGCGCAGCAUUUGGGGUCCCUGGACGGGCGCUACGGGGCCGCCUUCCUGGACCCCCCCUGGAGGGACCUGUUCGGCAGGAGCGAACCCCCCCCCACCGAGCCGUUCAGCGUGGCCGGGCGCAUCCUGGCGUUCGUGGCGGGGGCGGGCGUGACCCUCCCCCUGCCCGUGGCCGAGGCGAUGCUGACCGGGAGGGACAAGUUCCCCGACGAGGACUCGUGUCAGAAGUUCGUGCCCUUCGUGGGGGUGGUGAAGGUGGGAUUUGCCGACGACCCCCAACCGGGCCGGGUACGAGGGACCCCCAAAGGGGGUGAAGGGGACGAGGGACCCCCACCCUCAGCGUCCCUCCACGUCCCCCGGGAGGGGUCGGGGGUCCCGCGAGGCCGCGACCUCCCGGCGUCCCUCUCCAUGGUCGGGGGCACUCCUAGGUGA